CAUUUUAAAUUGGGUUUCUUCCUUAAGUUUUCCAGAAUCGUCUCCGACAGUUCGUCGCUUUGAGAAGAACCAACAUGGGUGCUUGUUUAGCUCUGGGCUCCCUCGCCAGUUGUGCGUCCUGUUUGUGCGGAUCGGCCUCCUGCCUCCUGUCAUCAUGCUGCCCUUCAACAUUCAACUCCACCAUAAGCCGGUUGGCCUUCUCCUUCCUGCUGCUGCUCGGGACUCUGGUCUCUGUUAUAAUGAUUCUCCCAGGCAUGGAAGAACAUCUUAAAAAGAUUCCAGGAUUCUGCGUUGGCGGGACGUCCAUACCUGGCAUAGAGAACAAGGUGAACUGUGACAUCGUCGUGGGCUACAAGUCGGUGUACCGCAUGUGCUUCGCCAUGGCCUGCUUCUUCUUCCUCUUCUCCAUCAUCAUGAUCCGAGUGCGCAGCAGCAAGGACCCUCGAGCCUCCAUCCAGAAUGGUUUCUGGUUCUUCAAAUUCUUGGUGCUGGUCGGCAUAACAGUGGGAGCUUUCUUCAUUCCAGAUGGCCAAUUUAAUACAGUGUGGUAUUACUUCGGCAUGGUGGGCUCCUUCAUCUUCAUCGUCAUCCAGCUCAUCCUGCUUGUGGAUUUUGCCCAUUCCUGGAACCAGUCCUGGCUGGAGAGGGCAGAGACCGGUAACUCCAAGUGCUGGUUUGCAGCUCUGCUGUCGUUCACCAUCAUCCACUACGCCCUGGCUUUCACUGCUGUCGUGCUCUUCUACGUGUUUUACACCAAACCUGACGACUGCACCGAGCACAAGGUCUUCAUCAGCCUCAACUUCAUCUUCUGCAUCAUUGUGUCCAUCGUCUCCAUUCUUCCCAAAGUUCAGGAGCUUCAGCCCAGCUCAGGGCUGCUCCAGGCCUCCCUCAUCACCCUCUACACCAUGUACAUCACUUGGUCAGCCAUGACCAACAACCCCAACCGACAGUGUAACCCCAGUCUGUUGAGUCUGGUCCAGCCCGGCAGUCCAACCCAAGCACCAGGUCCCGUUUCUCCUACCCCGGCUGCUCCAAAUGUCCAGUGGUGGGACGCACAAAGCAUUGUGGGAUUGGUCAUCUUCUUGUUCUGUACUCUUUAUGCCAGCAUCCGCUCCUCCAACAACGCCCAGGUGAACAAGCUGAUGCAGACUGAGGAAGGCCAGGGUCUGACCGCCGACUUCGAUGCCUCUAACGGAGAGGACGGAGUGCGACGGGCUGUGGACAACGAGGAGGACGGAGUCACCUACAGCUACUCCUUCUUUCACUUCAGCCUCUUCCUGGCUUCUCUCUACAUCAUGAUGACACUCACCAACUGGUACAAGCCUGAGAGCGACUACCACGCCAUGCAGACCAGCAUGCCUGCAGUCUGGGUGAAGAUCGGCUCCAGCUGGCUUGGCUUGGGAAUCUUCCUGUGGACCCUGGUGGCCCCGCUGGUGCUCCCAGACAGAGACUUCAGCUAAACAGCGUGAAGUCUGUCAACACUGGUUCUACAGCCUCGUGCUGUUGCACUGUGAGGAAACGUAGCUUUAGCUUCAAAUUUCUCUCCUUGAGUUUUUCAAUGAUGACAACUACACAUUUAAAUUUGGAAGCCAAAAUAAGGUAGAAUGCUUUUUUUUAAUCUGAAAUAAACAUGUAGUUAUGGUGCAUAAUAAAUAAUACAAUGAAUAUUAGGUUUGUGUACCAUCAAAAUUAUUUUAAAGCCAUUUAGGGUAGGAAAUAUAUUUUUGUUGCUUUAAGCCACUUUACAAGUUGCCCAAAUGUUGUUUUUUGUUGCUCGUUUGGAAAUGUCUGCAGUUGUCUGUAACUGCGUUGCAAUUACUCACUCGAGAUAGUUCUUCAUAGUAUCUUGACUCGGGUUAUUUUCUAUUUUUCCUUCACUGUUUUAGAUUUUAGUAUUGCCAGCACUCCGUGCCUUUAUUGGAAAGACCAAAUGAAUCUGUGGUUAUCUCUGUAAGAUUUGUGACGUUUGUACCUUUUUUAUUCAGUCCGAUUUUAUGGAACGUGCCGUUAAAAUUCUUGCCAUCUACUUUUUCUAGCUAUCUCUUUUUUGCAAAACUUUGUCCAUGUUCCACGUUUUAUACAGAGAGUGGUUUAUUAUAUUUUGCACACAAGUUGUUCCGAGGGACCAUUUUUGAUUACCUUUAAAAAGUUUGUAUGACACUCAGUUUCAGUGUAAAGCAUAUGUUCACUUCUCAUUAUAAUUAAAUAAAGUUCACUUUGUUUAAAUCA